AUUAAAAACAAAAGACAUAUAAUGUCUAAAUCCCGAAUACAAAUCGGGCGCAAUGUUAACGUAGAUUUUAUACAACUGUAUAAAUCAACAUGGGACAAAAUUCAUAGAGAAACAGAUGUAUUUCGUUAUAAAGUAGAGAAUUUACGUGAAAGGAUUGUUAACGAAAAAUAUUUAUUACAGCUUAAUCCAGACAGAAGUAUAAAGAGACGAACACCCGAGCAAAUAGAUAAUAUUUGUCAACCAUUUGAUGAAAAUAAGUUUAAUUUUACCAAAGCAUCAAAAGACGAAACUAUGUUCAGUAUUAGUGAUGAAAAUGAUUUAAAUGAACAUUUUCUAUUAGUUAAUGUUAGUCCAAUUUCUCAAUAUCAUUCCCUGUUGUGUCCGUCAAUGUACAAAUGCCUACCUCAAGUUGUGACCAAAGAUAGUUUGCAGUUGAUGCUUGACAUUAUGUGCUGUUCUAAGGAUCGCGAUAUAAGAAUUGGAUUUAAUAGUCUAUGUGGAUUGGCAUCUGUGAAUCACCUACAUUACCAUAUAUUUAUAGAAAAAAAUAUUCUGCCAGUUGAAACAGUUAAAUGUAAACAUUUAAAAGGUCCAGUCUACAUUCUCGAUGGUUACCCAGUACCUGGUUUCUGUUUUGAAAUAACACGAAACACUAUUAAUUCUUCUGAGUACAUAUAUAAGUUAAUUGAUUUGUUAUUAAAGAAGUGUAUAGCACAUAAUAUAUUUAUAACAAGAGGUCAAAGUGUGUCGGGAGAUGGUGGCAUAGUGAGGGUAAUUGUAUGGCCGAGAAAGAAUAGUUCCGGAGCAAAACAACUUGCUGCAUUUAAUGUUGCUGUUUGUGAGUUAAGUGGCUGGUUUCCAGUUUAUGGUUAGUUUGACUUUGUUUUAGAGUUUAAAGUUUAGAUGGAUGGAUGUUUGUUAGAGUUUAUAGCCUCAAUGGCUAAAGGGAUCUUGUUAAAACUUGGUAUAUAUGU